AUGGCAACUGACCAGCUGACCUUUAAGUUCAAGAGAAGGCCCAACUUCCUGUUGAUCAACAUCAUCCUCCCUAUCGUCUUCCUCUCUUUCCUCAACAUCCUGGUCUUCGUCAUACCCGUAGAGUCAGGGGAGAAAAUCGGAUACGGUAUCACGGUACUUCUGUCCCUGUCGGUCUUCAUGAGCAUCAUGGGUAGCCUGCUGCCAAGGUCAUCACUGACCACACCCAAGGUCACCAUCUACAUCCUGAUCCUGAUGGUGCUAUCUAUGAUGACAGUCAUUGUGUCCAUCAUCAUCGUUUUCCUGCAUCAUAUGGAAGAGAAAGAAGAGAAUCACCAACGAGCGAAGGAGAAGUUCAAAUCCGCUUUCAACAAAGUUGCGGUUUACAGUAAAACCGUUUCGCAGUUUCGCACGCCCAACAACAAGGUGCAAGCAGUGAGCGACAACCAAUCGAAUCCACUCAGACGUCUAGCAGAAGACGCACUGGCGGCCCAGAAGUCAGAGAAUCCUGGCAACAUGGACUCGGAUGGGGAAAACCCGAAACUAAAAUUAGCCGAGGACGCACCUAAGCAAAACAAGUUUAAAAUAGUAGGGAAAUAUAUUGAUCUGGUCUGUUUUGUUGUUUUCUUGGUCAUUUGGCUGGUUGUGACCUUGAAGUUCAUGUUUGACAUUGCAAAAGUCAUUGAAAUAUAA